AACGUCAGUUUUGUUUAUUUAUUUUGAUUGUCGAUUUCCGCGGACCCGUAAAUAAAAUCCUGGCCUGAGACGCGAAACCACCCAAAAUAGUCGGAUCUCGCACCGGGAACAAGGACCAUGUCGGACGAGUACGAACACGUAAGCCGCGGGAAGCUGAAGCUCAAGUCCGAUUCGGAAAUCAAAAAGAAGAAAAAGAAAAAGAGCAAGGACAAGGAAAAGCUGCGGGAAAAAGUGGAAAAAAGCUUGGAGCAAAGUGGUGGCAGCAGUGCCGAACAGGCCCGUACUCAGGCUGCUCCGGUGGGGCGUGUGCUGACCAAGGCGGAGGAAUCGUUUAAAAAGAUGCAGGACAAAAUGCAAAAGAAACGGAUAAUGGACAAAGCAUCGAUGACGCACAAACAGAGAGUCGAGCAGUUUAAUCAACAUCUGGAUGGUCUGACAGAACAUUUCGAUAUCCCUAAGGUUUCUUGGACAAAAUAAGCAUAUUCUAUCUCGCUUAAUUCUAAAUAAACAAAUGUAAAUGUUACACUUACUUACGUUA